AUGGACUUUGGAACUAUCUCAAAGAAGUCCCUUAAACGGAUUACAAAGUGGAAAGCCACCUAUUUUACACAUCCUGCGUCUUACUACCCGUCUUACUACCCUGUUCCUCGGACUAGUAUGUCAUUCAGUGCCGCUAAAUUUAUGAUCUCUUUGACAGCAGAGACUAUUCCAAAAGAGGCGGAAAUCGUGAAAGAAUGGGCAGAACAUUACAGAACAGUGAAGAAGAGAACCGCUCGAAGCGAGACGACGAAAGACAAAGCAGGUGCUCUUCCACCAGCUGUGUGCGAGAAGGCAAAAUCUGGAACUUGGAUUGGGGUUUCCUCGCCAGAUAGGUGCGUGGAAAGUUUAACCACUUCUGUGUCUCAUGAAUUAGUACUUCGAUCUAUUUACCUUAGUAAGCCUACUCAGGCAAGUCCACGGCGUCUUCAGUAG